GGCGUCCGGAAGCCGGAAGCGGGAGCGCGGGUGCAGGACUCGAGUCGCUGCGAGCCGCGGCUGAGGGGCGGGCGGAGCUGGCGAUGGCGGAGAAGUUUGACCACCUGGAGGAGCACCUGGAGAAGUUCGUGGAGAACAUUCGGCAGCUCGGCAUCAUCGUCAGCGACUUCCAGCCCAGCAGCCAGGCCGGGCUCAGCCAGAAACUGAACUUCAUUGUUACGGGCUUACAGGACAUAGAUAAGUGCAGGCAGCAGCUGCAUGACAUCACGGUGCCUCUAGAAGUCUUUGAAUACAUCGAUCAAGGUCGGAAUCCCCAGCUCUACACCAAAGAGUGCCUGGAGAGGGCUCUGGCUAAAAAUGAGCAAGUUAAGGGGAAGAUCGACACCAUGAAGAAAUUUAAAAGCCUGCUGAUUCAGGAACUUUCUAAAGUGUUUCCAGAAGACAUGGCCAAGUACCGGAGCAUUCGGGGGGAAGAUCACCCACCUUCUUAAGUGUGUGAAGACCCCCGUACCCCUUCAAUUUCCGGGACGACCCAGUGAGAAGCUGUGCCUGCCGAUGCUGCCUUCCAGCCACGUGAACUGGCCUUGCCCCUCCUCCUGCUCCCGUCAUUCACCUGUGCGACUCCGGGGCUGGAGGAGUAGAGCUGUCCCCAGCUGUCCCUGCAGCUCUGCAGCUCUUAGACCCUUGGUGGUCCCGUCUUUCUUUAGGGAAAACAGGCAGGAAGACAGCCUUGCUGAAAUGUGAAGUGUGAUUGGGAUUCUACUUGACACUUUCUUUUUAUGUACUCUGUUCUGUUACAGUAUCAUAAGACAAAACUGGGUUUUAUAUUUUACAUUUUCAGAUAUGGUGCAUAAGAACAUAACUGUUUUCAUGAGUUUCAACUAAACAUAAUAAAGUCUUAAGUUUUA